AUGGACAAGCAGUGGUUUCCUGCAGCUGGAAUUCUCCUGGCCGCCUUCCUGGCAGGCUCAGCUUCUACCCUGACCCUUCCUUCUACGCAUGAAGACCUUAACCAGUUUCCUUCAGGCCCUGGCGCAUCUGCUCGGCAAAGCAGCAGCAUUCCUCUGGACAUCCUGACAGAAACUGUUGGCCGCAUCAACUCAGUUGAGAGGGAACCGGAGACCCUGGAGAGUAGGGCAGGAGCCCUUUCUACAGAGGCAGUGGGGGGCCAAGAGUCCCCCUCAAUGCCUGGCCCCUUAGGAAGUACCAGGCCCUUGCACAGGGUCAUCCCUGAACCAAUCCCCUCAGCCCUGACCACAUCUGCAGCCCACGUGACUGUUGACUCUCAGCCAGUGUCAUCUGGGGCUGAUCCUGUAAAGAAAACCGUGGCCUCUGGAACUCUAGAGACAAUUCCUAUGUCAUCGCCACAGCCUUCUCCCACACGUGGAUCCAAGCAGAAGUUCAGCAAGGUCUCCAGGUUGUGCUCAACAGUCCCUGCCUCUGCAUCACUGGAGACAACUGGUACACCUAAACCAACAUGGCAUCCAAUCAGGGCUCCUUCUCUCUCCAUAUUUUCUAGAUCUCCAUGCCCGUUAUGGAACACCUCCGGUCCCACUGCGUGGUGGGACGGCCACUCCGGGCCAGAGGCAUCCCCAUCUGAGGCACUGGCUGCAAGGAUCUCCUCAGGAUCGCCUAUCUCUCCAUGCGUGAAAGCUACAGAGCCCCUUUUGCCUGCAUCCCCGGGGAGACCAGGGCCGGACCUGACCUCCCAAGCCUUUACAGUGGCUUCUGGGUCGUCUGAAAACACUGUCGCUUUGGGCACGGGCCCAGGAGCCAAUGGUGCUUCUGUGCGGCUGUUGUUCUCAGCAACAUCACCUUCACAGCCAUCCUCCCCCUCCCCCCCACCCUCCUCAUCGGCACAGCUCCUGCCUUCAUCCUCAACCCUGGCCCCCAUUUCCUCUGCCACCACAGGAGCCAGGGACCCUCCUAAACCCUCUGUGUCUGUGACUGCACCCUCAGCUACAGACUCUUCCAUUAAAACCUCAAGCCUUGUACCCCUGAUGGCCCUACGACCCAGCCACCCUGGGCCAUGGGUUUCUACCACCCCAAUCCGCCUGCCCACCCUCUCCCUCCAACAUUCCUCCAAACCCCCCUCUGUCCCACACAGCUCUAGCUUCACAGAGGUAUCUAGGGAUGCUGAUGCUAGCCAGUCCUCUGCCCUGCCUCACCCUGGCCAAGAUGUGACUUUGCAGGACCUGAGUACCUCCACUCCAGGACCUAGUCAUGUGACUCACUCUGUGACCUUCAGGAUCACCAGCAAAUGCCUCUGUACACCAGCUGUCUGGAACCUGGUAGCCCUGGAGUGCCGGCUGUUGAAGAAGCUUAUCUGCUACCAGCUCCAGCUUAUCUACCGUGAGGCCUUCUCCAGCUUCAAGAAUGUCAGUACCCUGCUGUUUUGGCCUGGUUCUGCAGAAGUGGAAGCCUCGCUCAUGUUUGGGCAGCCGGAUCCCUCGGCCCUAGACAUCCUCUGGACUUUGUACCGCAAAGUGAAGGCCUCCAGAUGGCUGCUUGGGUCCCUGUCCCUGGCUAACAGCAGCCUCUCCGCUGAUGGGCACAACAUGGCAGACCUUACCCUGGAAACCAUCAACAUCAGCUUCACGCUCAUGAGGCCCUUCGUGCCCCAGCUGCUUCUGCCUGGCUCGCAGCCCUUUAUCCUGUUGGAGAAGCAGAUCCUCCAGCUGGUCACCCAUGAGGUGUCAGGAUUCUACAAGGCUAAGCCCCAGGACCAGCCCCUGCUCCUAUUCAGCAACGUGAACGAGUGGGUGAGCAUUUACAUGGAAUACAAGUUCAAGAGUCCCAUCCCCACCCACCUCAAAGGCCUGGCCAGUUACCUGGCCCAUCGCAUAACAGACCCCACCCUCCAGAAAUCCAGCAUGGUGGCCAAUGGGGAGAAAGCAGAGCUGGCGCUUUUUGAGACUUGGCUCCUGAUCCUGGGUCACCCCUUCACCAAGGCCUUGGAGAACAAGACUAGUUCUGAGUCCCAGGAGCUUCGUGGUCUGCUGACAAAAUGGCUAACCUCCGCCCUCCAGCCUCUGCAGAACUUUGGUCAAGUGGUGGUGGAGGAAUUCCAGCAGGAACCACUAACUGCCAAAGUGCAAGCUGCCUUCUUUGGGGCUGCGCCAGCCCAGGCCAUCAUUCAAGACUGCAUGCACCAAGCCCUGAGCUUCCUGCAGGAAACUGAGGGUCUCCAGUUGGAGAUGCUCCUCCCAGCCCUUGGUCAGUGCCCCUCCCUCUCUUCAUGUCCUUCCUCCCCCUGCCGUUUCUGCCACCCUGGCCUUCCCUCCGGCACACAGCACUGCAUGGCUGAUUCUUGUGAGCCCCCAGGGUACACUGGUUCCAAGUGUCCUGCGAACAACCACCAGGCCUAUCGGUCCCUGAGUGCUUGGAGGAUGGAAAACUCACUCAGCCUUCCUCUUCUGCUCCAGACAUCCCCAGUUCCGGAGCCUCCAGAGGCCCCAGCCAUGGGUUCACGCCAAACCUCCAGCUCAUCACUUCUCUCCUUGUCCUGGCUGGAGGACCGAACCCCACCACAGCAGUGCCGUACCACACCAGGCUACACAAGGAGCUCACCCGCCUGCCAUCCUCGGCACAGCACAGACACCCUGGCCAGCCAGAAAGGGCUCUGUAGCCCUUCCUGCUCAAUAAGCAAGGGGUACCCCGACAAGGCUGCACUGCCAGUGUCUGGAGGUGGCAGCCAGGGAGGAAGCCCAGAAAGCAUGCAAGGCAAGAGCCGGCAAAAACCCAGUGCCUGCUGGCUGGCUGCCCCUGGUGGUGGACCUCGGCUGAAAUGGCAGACCCUGCUUGUCACCAAACUGGCUGCUAGGGCCCUCAGCCUCUUGUCUUGGGCUUUCACUUCCCCAUGUUGGAGCCUCAAGGACCUGAGCCCGCUCCUGGUAUUCACCCAGUCAGGCGAUCCACUGACUUCGUGUGACCCUGCUGCAAAUCCUGUCCCCGUGGGUUUCUCCAUCUCUGGCUUGAAGAACGUGGUGGUGGUGUACCCUUGA